AUGAGUGAUCCUCAGUACACCAUAAUUCUCCCUACGUACAAUGAGCGUGAAAACUUGCCCAUUUGCUUUUGGCUCAUUGAAAAAUAUCUUAAAGAUAUUGCCUAUGAGGUUAUUAUUAUCGACGAUGCUAGUCCUGAUGGAACACUUGAGAUAGCAAAGAAACUGCAAAAUGAGUUUGGUGAAAAUAAAAUUGUCUUACGGCCAAGAGAAGGAAAACUUGGUCUAGGAACUGCGUAUGUUCAUGGAAUGAGACACGCUCGUGGUGAAUUCAUUAUAUUGAUGGACGCAGAUUUAUCUCAUCAUCCAAAAUAUAUUCCAGAAAUGAUUACGCUUCAACAAAAAUACAAGCUGGAUAUCGUUACUGGGACUCGUUACGCGAAGAAUGGUGGUGUCAGUGGAUGGGAUUUGAAAAGGAAAACAAUUAGUAAAGGAGCCAAUUUUUUAGCCCAGUUUCUUCUCAAUCCUGGAGUAUCAGACCUCACUGGAUCCUUCCGGUUGUAUAAGAAAGAGAUUUUGGCCAAAUUAAUUUCGGAGUGUGUUAGUAAAGGAUACGUUUUCCAAGUAACGCUAUAA